AUGCCAACCGGAAGAUGUGCUUGUGGUGACUACACGUAUGAGAUAGCAGAGAAGCCUGGCUUCACAUCUGCCAUUGCAUCCCGUGCCAGAAGUUCGCGGGUGCGAAUGGGAGGUCAGUCACCCUACACGCCGACGGGAGAUCGAUCUCUUCUAUUCGCCGUACUGACGCUUCUCCAGCACCAACGUGAUGGUCUCGAAAGAUCAAGUGCGUCCCAGAGAAGCCAAAACUCUUCUUAUGCUAACGCUUCCCAGUACAAGCUGUUGGGCGGCCAGACAGAAAGUUGGACCAGAGGCGGCGAUUCCGGCAAGGAAGUGACCAACUUCUACUGCUCGGGUUGCAAGAACUUGAUGCGGGUGGAGGCCGGCUUUAUGCCUGAGAUGUACAUCGUCAAGCCGGGGACGCUGGAUGACAUUGGGGUGUUGGGCGAUGUUCCGGUGGUCCAGGAGAUUUACACCAGGAACCGGCCGAAUUGCUUCGAGGCGCUGGGCGACGUACCGCAGAAGAAGGGUGCGACUUAG